AUGCAGUGGUCCUUGCGAAGUGCAUGUCUUCUUUGGUAUAUUUUAGUACCAAUGGUUGGGACUGUACUUCCAAUCCAUCACAGAGAGAAUGUCUGGCAGCAGUAUCGCCCAUCCUCCGAUAACUUGUUUUCAUUAUCUUCGGGUAACGUGUGGCAGGAUCAGCCGUCCUGGGACCAGCCCCGUUCCUUCGUUUCAGGAAAUAUUUGGCAGCAGGAACCUUUUUCGGACUCAUCCGCUUCCAUUUCCUCAGGAGGUGCAUGGCAGCAGUGGCCGUAUUUUGACUCGCCCUCACCUGUACAGCCAAGUUACCGUUCUGACCUAAUGUUUCCAACACUUUUUGGAAAUGGGCAAUCCAGAGGUAACGUGUGGCAGAAACAUCAGUCCUGGGACCCACCCCGUCGUUUUCAUUCAGAUGUAACGGAUUUAGAAAAAUGUUUCCAUCAUAUAGUGUGCACGUAUUGCAAGAAUGCGGUGGAAAGUUGCAAUCCAAACAUGUACAAGCCAUGCUUCUCUUUAAAUUUCCCAUUUUCGACCUAUUCACCACCAGGAAAGGGAAGAUACAACCCAGUAGGUAGAAAUGGAUUUCAUACCUCUCCAGAUACAAUAGGGGCAGAUGUAUGUACUUACUGUGAAACAAUCGCUGCUUCACUUCGCUUAAAGUUGACGACGUGUGACUCGUACUGUCCAGGGUCAUUUUAACUAACCAUUUCCUUCGAUGCCAAGCACACAGACUUGGAGUUGGCGAGAUUUUCAAACAAACCACAAACAAUCUCUUAUGAUGAAAAUGACUUUACAAAAUUAUGAAUAAGGCCAUAAAAGACUUAUCAUUCUUUAGUUUUUAUCUGACGGUUAAAAAAAAUUCAAAGGAGGUAUAAAUUGUUGAAACAAUACUAAAAAAUCUGAAAUUAGUCAGUUGUAUUUCAAUAAUAAAGUCUGUUUGAAUAUUUCAGUAUUUUCUACUCUGAUU